CGGAAGUUUGUAUUCUCCCAUGAAGCAAGAAGACAGAGGAGAGGAUUAACGAGACGGCCCGGUCGUUCAAACGGCGUGACGCUCGACCCGGAUCGAUGUCGAGUAACACACUCCUCCGGAGCAUUUGUAAAUAAAUAUAGCAAUGUCCCUGUCAGGAGCUUCAAUUGAGGAUAAGAAAAACCUCCGCGAAGAAAUCAAGGUGUGACAACAACGGGUGCUAUAUCACAGUGUGUGAGCGUGUGUGUGUGUGUGCAUGCACAUUGGUGUUUGUUUGUGUAAGUGUGAGUGGUAUAGCAGCUGACAACGUGAUGCCAAGAUGCUGCUGUCCCUGGGAAUGCUGAUGCUGUCGGCCACGCAGAUCUACACCAUCUUCACCGUCCAGCUCUUUGCCUUCCUCAACCUGCUGCCCGUGGAAGCCGACAUCUCCGCUUACUCAUUUGACAACAAAACAGAGAACUUUGAUGACCUCCCUUCACGCUUUGGGUACCGACUACCCAGCGAUGGAUUGAAGGGUUUCCUGAUCGGCGCACGGCCAGCGAAUGCGUGCGAGCCCAUCGAUCCCCCUCCCCGGGACAACUCGACAGGAGCCUUCAUCGUCCUCAUCAAACGCUUUGACUGCAACUUUGAUAUUAAGGUCCUCAACGCACAGAAAGCCGGGUACAAGGCAGCCAUUGUUCACAAUGUGGACUCUGAUGACUUGAUCAGCAUGGGCUCCAAUGAUUUGGAUGUUCUGAAGCAGAUAGAUAUUCCUUCUGUGUUUGUGAGCGAGGAGACGGCCAACUCUCUGAAAGAGGAAUACCUGUAUGACAAAGGCGGGCGUGUGAUCCUCAUGCCUGACUUCAGCCUGCCGCUGGAAUACUACCUGAUCCCCUUCCUCAUCAUAGUGGGAAUCUGCCUCAUCCUCAUUGUGGUCUUCAUGAUCACAAAGUUCGUCCAGGAUCGACACAGGGCCAGGAGAAGUCGCCUCCGCAAAGAGCAGCUAAAGAAACUUCCCAUCCACAAGUAUAAAAAAGGAGACGUCUACGACGUUUGUGCCAUCUGUCUGGACGAGUAUGAAGAAGGAGACAAACUGAGGGUCCUGCCAUGUUCUCAUGCGUACCACAGCAAGUGUGUGGACCCCUGGCUGACCAAAACCAAGAAGACGUGUCCCGUGUGCAAGCAGAAGGUGGUCCCCUCGCAGGACGACUCCGACUCGGACGAGAGCGGCGCCGAUGAGAACGAGGAGGCGUCCGAAAGCACCCCUUUGCUGCGUUCGCUGGCGUCCACCAGCGCCCACUCCUUCGGCACCAUGUCGGGGGCGUCUCGCUCGGACCAGUCGUCGGAGUACGAGGACGACGGGCUGGACAGCAGCAGCAACAGCGAUGAGGAUGAGGUCACCGUGGAGACUGUGGUGGUUCAGAUGCAGCAGUCCAGCCCUGACAGCCACCAUGACGACUUGCCUCACGCUUGAAUGACUGCUGGGACACUGAGCCGCUUCCACUACUAUACUGUACUCACUACAUACUCAACAUACCUUUUCUUGCUACAUUGCGGAGGACUUGGCUGGAAGUGAUAGGACGAGAGACAGACAUACAGUAGACUACUGUAUGCAACACACACUCGCCUAAGAUGCCAGACAAAGUACAGCACUACGUAAAUAAGACACAUUACUACACAUGAAUGAUUUCUUGUACUCAUCCAUGCACCUUCAACUGCUAUGCAGCCUCCCCUCCUCCAUCACACUUCUUCUAUACCAGACUGUGGAAGUAUACCAAGGACUAUUAAGGCCACAAUCAAAGAAAAGUGUCAAAUUAUGAGGAAAAAGUCAGUUACAAGAAUAAAACUGUAAUAUUCCAAGAAAAAAGUUAUUUUUCAUAAUUUUAGAAGACUUGAAGGUGAACAACUAGUAGAAUCGCAAGGCCAGUCUUGAGAAAAACAAAAAUAUGCCUUUACAUUUAUUUAAAUGGCAGUUUAGCUUGGCCAUGAGUAAAGUAUGAGACAAAAGUGUUGCAAUAUCACAAUUUAUUCAAGUAUUUUUAUUUAUAAUCUUGCAUGGAUAAAAAAAAAACGAAUAUGAAAAAAAAUGUUUUAAAUAAAGACGGAAUAUUUAUAUUUAAAUAUUGCAUGAUUUAUCUUCAUACAAACUAGGGGUGCCCCAGUCGAUCGACCUAUUUCCAUGAAAAAACACGUGAUUGACAUGUCUUAUAACGCCGAUCACGUCCGCCCGCUACGACAGUAUUGCAGCAACCAGCCUGUAGCGACCGUCUCCAGCCCACUUUUCUUUCACACUGUGCAGGCGUGCUUAAAGCCAGAAACAAACAUGUCUGCCGUGUAGCCAAAACACUGGACACUCAGUCGCAGGUCUAAGUCGGAUAGCCCAAAAAAUGGUUGGCUUCGUCACUCUGGAUAGUCAACUGUCGGUGGAGGAAACAAGCUGAUCUGGCAUCUCAAGUCUCCUUAAAGAAGGCGUCUGAUCUUAAGUUUCACCCGAUAUUUGAAAAAGGAAAAUAUUUUGUCUCAAUUGUGAUUUUGUGGUUCCCCUUUCAUAUAUUGCCCAGGGCUCACCAACGUGGUGGCCGCCAGCACCAGGGAGCCCCCCACAAACCUGCUUUUCCUUCAGGUUUUCAGUUAAUGUGAGAACACUAGAAAGAAAUGCAUUCUGAAAUACACAUUGAGGGUUGAGGAUACCAGCAUUGUUAUUCGGUUUGAAAUAAACUAUGAAAAUAAAUGCCACCAAAAUGAGUAGCUCUCGGCCAGUUUCAUUUUGUAAAAGUGGCGCACAAGGAAAAAAAAAAAAGUUGCUGACCCGUGAUAUUUUAUAAAUGUACUUAAGCUGUAUCGGACAAUUUCACUGAUUGGUAUCGGCAGCAUAAAACCCUGAUGGGAUCAUCCCUAAUAUGCACACACAUUUAGACUUUGUCCCGCUCAUAAAACGAGCAUUUAUUCUCAAUCAGCUUUCAGUGUGGCCUUAUUACGGCAUGGUAAACUGGUGAUGUGUUCACUGCACACAAACGCAUCAUGUUUGACAAGCCUUGUCCAACUCCCCAGCCUCAUUUUGCCAUUUAUAUACGCUAACAUUGCUUUGACAGUUACUUUUGCCGCGCUUUCAUUGCAAAUUCACUUGAAUAAAAAAAAUUAAAAAAAAGAUAAUGAAAUGGUUAAUUCCCCCAUCUGUUAACAAAAAUGAAGGCUUUUCCCCCCAAAAAGGCAAGCACUGCACAAAUUUUCCAUGAUAAAAUGUAACUGCUGGCUGAGACGUGGACGCAGUGAGUGCAACUUUUCCUGGAGGCAACAGUCACACCAAAAAAAAAAAAACAUGUCAUGUGAGAUUGAAAUAAUCACAAAAAACAACUUCAUCUGGUUGGAAUAAAUUUAUUUUGAUCUGUCUGUAAACAAGGUGAUAAAUCAAUUUAUGGCAUUGUUGCUUGUAUGCACUGACAAACUAUCCCAGAUACAAGAAAAAGAAAGUGAGAACAUAAUCAGCAAAACAGGACUUUGAAACAAAUUUGAGGAGUACACACGUCUCAAGGCCUACAGAGUGGAGCUGAAGCUUUAUUCAACAAAAACGUGUGUUGGGGGGAGGGGAGGGGAGGGAGGGGAGGCAAAUGAAAUGACUAGCUCAUAGUGGGUAAUCAACAAGACUGCUAACAUUAUGGCACAGGAUACAUUGCUUCCAACCAAUCCCAUCUCCCAAUGAGUGUCGCUUGGACUUUAGCAGUUGGACGUUACAGUUGGCGCUAACUGAGUCAAGGCUCAGCGCACAGUGACAGAAAGAAGGCAAUUUAUUCCACAGUUUCAGUUGUCGACACGGCGAGAUUUGUUCAAAUGCAGUGUAGCUGAAUGUAGGAAAUCAAAGAAAAACAUGAAAAA